GGCGGAGGAGCCGCCCAAGAAGCCGUGCCGGGCCUGCACGGACUUCAAGAGCUGGCUCCGAGAGCAGAGGAAGCGGGCGGCGCCGGGCGGCGGGGCUGUGGUGGAGGAGAAGGAGCCGCCCCCAGACUGCCCCCUGGACAGCGAGCAGCUGGGCCGAAACACCUGGGCCUUCCUGCACACCAUGGCAGCCUACUACCCUGACCGCCCCACCAGCACCCAGCAGAAGGAGAUGAGAGACUUCAUCAACCUCUUCUCCAAGUUUUACCCCUGCGAGCACUGUGCCGAGGAUCUGAGGGAAAGAUUGCGAACAAAUCAGCCUGAUACUAGCAACAGAAAUAACUUCUCCCAGUGGUUGUGUCUUCUUCAUAAUGAAGUGAACAGGAAACUGGGGAAAUCUGAAUUUGACUGCUCUCGUGUGGACGAGCGCUGGAGAGAUGGUUGGAAAGACGGUAGUUGUGAUUAAUCCAUAGAGACUGCUCUGAAAUCUAACAGACCAAUUCACUCUGGUGUUGAGUCACUACAGGGAGAUGUGCGAGGAAAUGUGUGUGUGCGUGACUGAUAUGGCUUGUGAAAAUAAAGGUGAAACCAAUUCUGAAAGUCGACUUGAAAAUCUUAUCCUCAUAGCAUUUUGAUAAAUGGUCUUAUCAAAUGCAUCAUCUGAGGGACCGAGGCCUUACAUUUGGAAGGAAUUGCCAGAAACCUGUGAAAUUUCCUGACAAACUUGUGAAGACUUCUUCAUGGCAACAUUUCCUUAUUUUAGGGGCAUUUGCUUGUUUCUGUGACUAGAAUUCCUUUUCCUGCACACUCUUGUAGAGGACUGCCUUGUGACGUUUUACAUUUGUCUGCAAGCACUACCCUGAUGUUUUAGAGAACUUUUCCGUUGUAAUUUUAACUUCUGUUCUGGUAGGGCAAGUUCAUGCUGUGCUUUGUGCCAAGUCUGUACCCCCUGCGCUCUUUUUCAGACAUCUCCACUGCCUGUUGUUAAGCUUUCAUCCAGUUGUUUGACUAAGAGCUCUGAAAGCAGGUACAUUUAAUUUAAGUGUUAAAGUCAUGGAACCUUCGUUUCUCAUUUUAUUUCUGUGUUUCAACUUAGAUAAGAUGACAUCGUAGAAAAGUGAACUAAAACAAGACAAAAAAAAUCAUGAAUGGAAGGAAGUAUCAACUGGGUGAAAUUCAGGUGUUUUAAAUGGAUUGCUCAUUUUCUUUGAAUCCAGAAACAGUACGACAAGAAGGCCUACUGAGCUUACUGCUUCUUACUUUUAAAGCAGAUAAUUCUUCAUCAUUGUUAAGAACUUUUGCCAGUUGUGAAAACAGCUGUAACGGUCUGAGACUGAUACCUGUAAUGAAGCAUAUUCCGUUUUGUUUGGUGUACAGUAUUUCUGAGUUGUCAUUUGUGUUUUGAAAUUCUUGAUUGCUCUGUGCUCACCUGUUUGACGUUCUGGUGUUUUCACCUAGCUAAAGGUCUCCCUAGAACAAAAGGCCUUUACAACCCCCCUUGCAGUUCCUGAGUCCUGCUUAGGGCUGUAAGGUCAGCUUUAGAUAGUAUUUAUUGCACAGAAGACUCGGAGGAGUCCCCAAGGCAGAUUCCCUCUAUAGAUGCUGGCCAGAAUCCAUGUUACUGGCAUUUGCCCUAGGUCAGCUAUAUUGCGUCAGCGUUACUGAUACGGAAGUGUGAAUUUGGGAUGGAAGUGCAAUAGCAGCGUAAAUGAUUUACGCCACAACGUGUAUAAAUGCACGUCUCUUUAAAGAUACAGUUUAUAUAUAUAAAAAUGUCUAAAUACUUUAAAUACUUUCAAGUUCUUAAAACAGAUAGCAGUAUCAUGCCCUUAUUGCAUUUCUGGCUGUGGAAGUUUGCAGUUUGCACAAGCCAUGACAAUUAGAGGCUUCUUCCUUCUGUACUGGGCUUUGCUGGUGUGUUUCAGUAAGCUUCCUUAUUUGGUGCUCUGCAGAAUGUUUGUAAAUUUGCUGAUAGAGUGAGAGUUACAUGGAAGUGGUACUUCUAUAACAGUAUGAGGGUGAUAGCGGUCUGUAGCUGAGAACUUUGAUCUUCAAACCUUUGUGCGUGGGGCUCCUUAGUGUUUACAAAAGCUAUCAGAACUUUGGAAAUACGUUUGGAAGAUUUACGGCACGUUCAAAUCUUUUCAAGUUGGACCUGUUAAAAAGAGUAUGACACGUUUUAUGGACUGGUUAUUCUAGCAAACUUUAUUUAAUAACAUUCCUAAACACAAACCAAACCAAACUGUUUCUUGAAGUGUGCAAUCUGACUUCUUACUUCAAGGUAUUUAAGUAGAUUGUGAAAAGUCCUC